CUUGAGCGGGUGAUGCGAGAGUCUCCCCGGGACUGCGUACAUUCCACCACCGGGACAGGUAGUUACCGGGACUGUCUGCUUCUUUUAAAGAGGGAAAAUAAGCAGCUAUGGCGGUUUGAGUAGAGGACUUUCUUCAAGUGGACCGAGUCGGGUUGGAACGCUUGUCCUGUAUAGCGUCAAGGUUUCUUACUAAAGAUGGAAGGGGAAUGUCUUUCACUUGUGGAUCUCUCAAGUCCGAGGAAAAGAGAACAGAAGGAAAAUAUAUGUACAAUGUGGAGGAAAUGCACCCCGACGGAGCCGGGCGUACCUGUGAUGAAGUUGAAAGGCGGGACCCCGGACCCGGUCGACAUGACGCCGGUCAAACAGGCUGCCGAGGCAGAGCCCUGGUCGCCCACGGCCAACCUUAGAAUGCUGAUCAACGCCGCAAGUCCCGAUAUCCGAAACCGUGAGAUGAGGAAAGUUCUCUUCAGGCCCAUCGAGAACGAAUCGGAAAGCGCGGAUAUCGCCAAAGAUGAGGUCGGAGUGCCGGAGGAUGCCUGUCAGUUUGAAGCGAUGGAAGAGGAAGACGACAGGGAGAAGAAGCCAAGCAGGAAGCAGAAAAGCUUGGGUCUGCUGUGCCAAAAAUUCCUGGCUCUCUACCCGGAUUACCCUCCGUCCGACAAUCCGAUCUGGAUCUCCCUGGAUGAGGUGGCAACCAGUCUAGGGGUGGAGCGGCGCCGCAUCUACGACAUCGUCAACGUUCUGGAGUCUCUCAUGAUGGUAGGCCGCAUGGCCAAAAACAGCUACACGUGGCACGGGCGUCUGCGCCUGAACGCCACGCUGCAGGAGCUGCAGCGGCAGGGCCGGCAACACGGCUACCAGCGCCACACGGAGCCCGGACACAGCCUAGAGGGCGACGGUGGGGAGGACGACAGCGGACAUGCGCCAGGCAACAGGAAAGAAAAAUCUCUGCGCAUCAUGAGCCAAAAAUUCGUCACGCUCUUCCUGGUGUCCAGAACGCAGACGGUAACCCUGGAGGCGGCGGCAAAGGUUCUCAUCGAGGAGAGUCAGGACUCGUCCAGUCACAGCAAGUACAAAACUAAGGUACGGCGUUUGUACGACAUUGCCAAUGUGCUGACCAGCUUGAACCUCAUCAAGAAAGUGCACGUGCGAGAGGAACAAGCCCGGAAGCCGGCUUUUAGAUGGCUGGGACCGGUUGAUUUCAACAAGUCUGAAGAAUCUGUUGUGGGGAUUUCUCCGCCAGAAGCUCAGGACCUCAGGAACGUCAAGUUGGCACAACGCGCCUCUUUUGGUAUCGCCUCGCCGUCUGCGGCCGUACAGCCGCAGGUGUGCUCGGCGCCAAGUAGCCCACGCAACGACAUAAACGGAUUUACACCUCAGCCUCUGGAUUAUUCAAAAAAGACUGGCGUUGGCAAGGCAGUCUGCAGACUGCAGUUCGGAAGCCAUGACGGGAACCUGGUAAUGUCCUCACAACAGCCCACCCUGCUGUUCCCCGCCUUGCACCAAGAGCGCCUUUUCACGAUACCCUCGUCCGCCCACUGUCUUGCCUACCUGCCGGGCCUUUCACAGGCGUCCGUGGUCAUGCCGUACAACCGGCCCGACGUGACAAGCGAAGCCGAGUGUGUCGCGGAGGGCUCCGGUUCUCCCGGUGAGGAACCUGCAGAGCGGAGGAAAAGAAGGAAUGAAUCCUUGGAAGAGGAAAUGGUGACUCUCAAGAAAAGCCCAUCGGAAGCAUCGGAUGAAACCGGCAAUCACGCGUCUCACUACCUUUACUUGCCAAAUAAUUCAGGUCUGAAUAGCCUCAACUUGCUGCUCCCCUCCGGCCAACCCUCAGCCCAUCUUUCCCCCGGGGCCAUAACCCCACUGGCGCUGCCCUACGUCCUGGUGCCGUCCACCACCCUCUCCCAAGUGGGCUACAACCUGCCCGCACGCUACAUGGUGGCAGCCGCACCGUACGGCUUGGCGCCAGAGGUGUCGCCCGUUCGGUCGCCUUCCACGCCCGAACAAAGCGGGCGUGGUGGAAUGGGCGCGGCGCAAAUGACGACCACACCGCAACCACUGACGCCGCCCACGCCAAAAGAGAUCCCGGUGCCCACUUCCAGGUCUUUCUUCCAAACUCCGGGCAACGUCGAAGGUGUCGGCGCAACACCCGUAUUAAGAAAAAGGGGCUCGGUGCAGAGGAGACUCGACGUCAGCCACUCGCCGCCUUCUUAGACAUCCUUCAUUUUCAGGCGAUUUGAUUAAUUACUAAUUUAAAAAUGUUCCAAGUGACAUUUACGUAGUUUUAGUUAAUUUAUAUGAAUUACAGGGACUGUAACAUAACACUUGAAGCACUAAGUGUAUCGUUCUUCAUUUGAACACCAGUGUAUACAAGUAAACUGUGGCUUAUUUUAGAGUAGAUAUUACUGUGAAGUAAAUAAGGAAAAUAACUUGAUGAUGCAUUCAGGUACUUGAAUUCUUUACCAUAAGGGUAUAUUGCUGUACUGUAAAGAGCUGUUUGUUCACUAGUUUUAAUAAGCAUUUUUGAGGGGCCAAAACACAUGUAGGCUUAUUAAUUUGUGGCAAAAGUGCCUUCAAUGGUUGUUUUUUUUUUUUUUAACUUGUCCUGGCACAUUUUCUUCAACUUGUUAAAGGAGUUACUCUGGUAACGUCUUUGUCAAAAAAAAAAAAAAAAAGCGGUGCUAUGUAUUUGAAUGACCAACCCACUGUGAACCAUUCAGGGGGCCACACCAAAGUUUGUGUGUACAUGAUGUCAUUUUAUGUUUUCAUAUUGUCGCAUGCUUGUUUACCGUGUUCUAUUGCACUGUAUCAGUAAAAAACGUUUUAAAACCGAUCCUCUACCGUUUGAUAUGAGCA